UCACAUGAUCUAAGAGCCAACACUAGAUCGAGCACCGAGAGCGCUCAGCUUCGGCUCUGUGCUUUCAGCUGGACGUCUUUGGGGAGACGGAGAGAGGGUCCUAGUGAAUCCAGUCGUGUCUGUCGCCUUUGGCUCUGCUUCUCUAGUUCUCUGCAGGCCUGGGCGUGGAGUGUGUGAGUGGCGUUAUCUUCUCCCUGAGUCAUGGGCCAGAGCCGGUCGUCCUGUGUAAAGGAUAUGGAUUCAAGUGGAGGACAAACACAAACCUCACAAGAUUCCAGGGAGUUGCCUCUUGUUACCGGGACAGGGGACUCUAGGGUGGGACCCGGGAUCACCCAGGGUGCCAGCAGUGAUGGUGGAGAUGGGAGGGUGGUGGGGGGAGGAGGGUGUGCCGAGGGAACUGGUGGGGAAGAGGGAGGAGGGAGAGAGAGGAGCGAGGAGUCUCCUCCGGGAGGUGGCCCGACAGAAUCCGACGUGGCCCAUAUCUCCUCUAUUCUCUCCAGACUUCCAGCUAUCGACACUGCCGCUGCUGCAGAUGGCAAUACCUCUUCCCUGGAAUCGGAGAUAGACCAAGUGCUGGAGGCUGUGGGUGGUCUUCUGUCCAGAUACCCCACCCACCAACGGACAUUCCACGUCUCUUACAAGUCUGUGAUGGCCGUGAAGGACGCCCUCCCUCGCGAGGCAAACGACGCACUCUCAAAACUCCAGAGAAACCUCCUGUCGGCUGUAGCGCAGAUGGAUCUCGGUCGUGGGAGCAUGUUUGUCGUGGACUACACCCUCAACCUGCUCAUCCUCCUCUGGAACCACUACCCAAAGAAACUCCCCCGUGAGUGUGACAUGGACCACCUCUCCACCCUCGUGUCAGCUGCACUGGAUAUCGACCGGCACGGAGAGAAAGCAGCCGCACUCCAGUUCGGGCAGGACUUUGUGAGUCACCUGAUGCGUCUGCUGGACGACUCGCAGCUGGGGCAGCUGGAGAAAGGCGGGGCCAGUCGACGACUUUGUCAGUUGCUCUCCUACCACGAGGAGAUUAGCCCCGCCGUACUCCAGCAAGUGGUUGUCGGUGUGGGGAUGCUGGUCGAAGUCAACCUCGACGUCUCCGUCUUUGUCGGGGAUAAUCUCCACGUGGCUCUCCUGUUUGCGGCACAGCAGCACGCCUCACACGAGAUCCUCCAGGAGCUCAUCUGGAGACUUCUCUCCCUUGUCGUCAAGAGAGAUGCUGCGUUUGUCAAGGAGCUAACUGCCAGCGGAGUUCUGUUUGUCAUCACAUCUAUCAUGCAGAAAAAAGGGUUCUCUCUCUUCCCCCUGGUCAAGUUCCUAACUCUCUGCUGCCACCAGGCGCCCAACGCCUCCCUCAUCCAACUCCUCGAGAGCAGGGAUCUCUUCCGAACACUCCUGGCCGUUAUAGAUCCAGAGACAACUGAGCACUCGAUAGAGAACGUGGCACGCACAUGCGACUUCCUGGCCUAUCUGUGCUCAAAGGCACAACCGAGGCACGUUGGGAUGCUGGUGGACCUGGCUGUGGUGUCCAGGAUCGAAGCCUGCGCGAGGAAGUGGCCCGAGACGUGCCUCCUGCAGGCGUGUUUGGGCAUUGAGGGAUUCUGUGCUCCGGCAGCUCCGGGCACAUUGACAAUAGAGGCAGCCUUAAAGAGGGCAGAAUUCUUUGAUGGCGACCAUCACGUCUUUGCCAAGGACAUGCUCUGUAACGAGACAGUCUCGCGGAACGUGACGCUGGCAGAGAUGGUCUACAUCCUCGUACAGAAGCUGCUGCGCUCCAGCCCACUCGCUGCCCUCCAGCGCAUGGGGCAGAAAGAGUUUGUUGAGGCACUCAUCAUGCUCUUUGCCCGCGACACUUUCUCCUUCCCACAGCUCGCCAGUAGAGUCAUCUUCACCUUGCACUACUUUGUCGUGCAGAUGAGGCACAAGGAGUGCUUCGAGCACCUUCGCGACCUCUGU